UCCAUUUGUUUGCUAAGUGACAUGUAUGCUGCGUACACACAAGAGUGAAUAUGCGACAGAAUGCAGUGUGGUGAGUGGCUGAAGGCUCAGUUGAUGUGGUGACGUUGCACAUGUUUUAAAAUGCACUAUAUAAGUAGGGAUCUGAUAAAAAAUACAAGUAGUACAGGAGAGCAGUAUAAGAUGGAGGAUGACAUAGACAUAGAGGAGCAUGAUCUGUUGGACGACCCCGCCUUGAGGAGCGUGUUUCCAGAUCUUGUCAUCCUCAAACGGGAAAUCAUUGAUUUUGAUGUCAGUGAAGAAACCACAACAACGACAGAAAUUCCAAUGAGACAGGAAUACCAACUGGACUGCUCUUUGAAGGAGAACAGUGGGAGUCCUCCUCCCGUGUGCCCCGCGCAUGACACAGAUGUCAAACCUGACGUGUUAUCUACGGACAUGGAUGACACUAUAACUGCUGAAAACUACAAUUUGACUGAAUCUGAAAUUUUAGUCUCUGAUAUAAAGAAAGAAUCAGAAAAUGCCGUAUCAAAGGAGUUGCCAUUUUACAGAAACAUAAGUAUACUCGGCAAGAUACAUGUAGAUGCGUCAGACAAAGUAGCUAAUUAUGUUAUUAAUAAUGAAGAGAAACUAAAGCCUAAUUCCGGUUUGGCAGCGGCAAUAAACUCUGAAGCAGGUAGAAGCAAGAUAAGUAAACAGUAUUGUGAAUUUGAACAGUAUUGGCAGCUUAAAAUUAUUCUUACUGACUGUUAUACAUCUCUAUUGGACAAUAACUGUUACUGCGCUCAGUGUGCAGUGUUGUUCCCCACCACUGAAGCGUAUAGUGAACAUUUCACGAGCACACACACCGAGACCACUACCUCAACUAAAGCCACGGCUUCUCCAGUAAUACGUAAAAAAAUAAUAUACCCACGUGUACAGAAAUUUGUGUGUGACACCUGCGAGAAAACAUUCAGCAAAAAAAGUAGCUUCAUAGAGCACAUGUUACUUCACACUGGCGAAAAGCCAUUCCAGUGUGACAUUUGCACGAAAUCAUUCUACCGAAGACAUCAUUUGAAGGGCCACAAGUUAGUUCACACUGGCGAAAAGGCAUUCCAGUGUGACAUUUGCACGAAAUCAUUCUACCGAAGAAGUCAUUUGAAGAGCCACAAGUUAGUUCACAGUGGCGAAAUGCCAUUCCAAUGUGAAAUUUGCCCGAAAUCAUUUAACCAAAUAAGUCAUUUGAAGAGUCACAAGUUAGUUCACACUGGCGAAAAGCCAUUCGAGUGUGACAUUUGUAUGAAAAGAUUUAGUCAUAGAUGUAAUUUGAAGAGCCACAAGUUACGUCACACUGAAGAAAAUUCAUUCCAGUGCGAAACUUGCGAGAAAACAUUCAGAUAUGUAUUGGAUUUAAAACGACACAAGUUAAUUCACAUUGGAGAAAAACCAUUCGAGUGUGAAACUUGCAAGAAAACUUUCGACCGCAUAAGUUAUUUGAAAAUUCACAUGUUAACUCAUAGUGUCGAAAAGCGGUUCGAAUGUGAAACAUGCAAUAAAAAGUUCAUGCGAAAGAAUUACCUGAAAGCGCACAUGUCACUUCAUACUCGUGAAAAGGCAUUCGAGUGUGGUACAUGCAAGAAAACAUUUAGACACUACACCACACUGAAAAGACACAAGUUAAUUCACACUGGCGAAAAGCCAUUCCAAUGUGACAUUUGCAAAAAACUGUUUAACCAAAGAAGUGCUUUGAAUAGACACAAGUUACUUCAUACCGCAGCACAGCGAUAUGAUUCUGAGGGAGUCAGACAACAAAGUGAGAUCCGGGAAACAUGAGGAAACAUAGUACAAACCACAUUUCACAAAACUUAAACUGAUGACAUUACCAAGCUUGUACAUUUAUGAAGUUGCAGUAUUCGUCAAAUCGCACGAACGAACAUAAACUAUGUGCAUUCUCGAGGAGGACAGCUCUCUUCGAUAAUAGUAUAUUUGGAAUGUCUACAAAAAUCUUUAACCGCUUACCGCAAGUUAUAAGAGAGACGAAUAAUAUGAUUCAGUUUAAAAAUAAAUUAUAAAACUUCUAGUAGUAAAGACAUUUUAUAAUCUA